UUCAAAAUCGACGAUAAUUUGCACACCGUCGCUCACAGGAAAGCACAAGCUUGUUCUAACUGUGCCCUACUCGUGAGGUGAUGGAGCCAGACGAAUCUAGGUUUCCCGCCCAAACGAAGCACCAAACGAAACUACACUUUCACCGAAAAUAUCACUCGUCAAAAACUGUUUCGCAUCACCGUAGUUUUUGUGUGUCAAUGAGCGUACUUACCUCCAAGUAGCAAGACUUUUGCGUCGUAGAAGCCCUUAACAGCUCCAGACUGGGACUGCCAAAAAGCCUUCUUGAUGUUUCGGUCAAAGACGUCACAACUUUGCGGGUUGAAGCUUUUGAUCAGGGAAACAGGCAUUAUUCCCUUUACGUCGUCUUCGACGUACCGGACGUAAGCGUACAUUGUUCCUUGUAAAUGGUGUACGAAAAACAAAAUAGCACAAACUACGGGACACAACACAUGUGCACAUUCAGACAAAGACGAACCUGCCAUCCAUCCAUUACGGGCAAUGAAAAAAAAAACACAAUGCUAUCAACGUUGCCAGAGAGUGAUGCAGAAUACUGCUAACGGAGGAUGGUUUUUCCUGUCUCAGCUUUCUUUAAUAUUGUGUAAUUGCUACCCCCCAAAAAAGUAUAAAACGACUUAUUAUUCAAAAAUAAAAAAAACGAAGUAAUAAUUCUAACUCCGUUGACCAAUUAUUUCGAAGAAAAAAUUCACAAGGUAGCCGAGAGCCAACAGGCGCCAAUCUCCAAGUCGUGCGAAGUCGGAACAAUUUUGUCGAACUGUUGAUGCUGUGAUAUGAGUAGUUCUCAGUUUCUCGUAUUUAGCGACGUAUUUUUUUCGUUCUCUUCAGUCGUAUAGCGAUAUUACGUACCAAAAGGUAUGCCUCCAAAGCGGAGGUUAAAGCAGUACCUCUACAAGGGGGCAGAUUUUAAGGUUCCGAGGCAAACCAAGUGCAACCGUCGAAAGAGCAAGAACAAAGGCGAUUGUAGCGGCUCUAGUGAACAUGGAGGGCUGGAAGAGCCUUGCGAAGCUGCGAGAGGAUCCAACGAUGAGUGCGCCAGUACUAGUUUCGUGCCAACACAGGAAUCGGCGAACAUCGAUCCACACAGUCAGGUGGAUGACGGCAACACAGAAAUCUCCCCCUCGUGUGAUGAACCGGGUUCAGCCAUCACGACCGGUACAGACUACCUGUGCUCCGACGUUUCCGGUGACAUCACACAUCGUAGUGAGCUUGUAGGUGACACAUCACAACAGGUGAACCCAGCAAGUACAUGCACAUUUGUCGCUUCUGACAUUGGCAGUCUCGACGAAGGAGACCCAAGGAGUCCGGCACAAGCUUCAGAACAAGAGACUGAAAUAUCAGGUGAUGACACUGAUGUCAACUCCGGCGCCGAAGACGAAGACGUUUGGUCGAUGUCAAGCGACAGUGAUGACAAUGAUGAUAUGGCCCCACCAAACAGCGCUCACGCUGGAUCUGCGCAGUUCUUUGAAGCGACCGAUGAUAAUCUGCAUGAGGACCUCAAUUCAGAACUUUCCAACUCUACUCUUCCAGGUUCGCAGACGACUGUGGCGGCUGCUAUCGUAAUGGUAAUGGCAUUUGUUGUUGGCCAUGGUCUGUCCUGGAUUGCUUUGCAAGACCUGUUGACCAUGAUUAACAGUAUGUUUGGUUCUACGGUCUUGCCACCAACAUUGUAUCUCUUCAGGAAAUUGUGGGCCAAAAAGAAACAGUGUCUUGUCACCUAUCAUUACUAUUGUUCACGUUGUGAGACAGUCCUCAAUGAAGAGCUCCACUGUAAUGCCUGUAUGGUGACAUAUACUAUGAGACAACUCAGAGCGGCUGGUUGCUUUUUUGUUAUCACGAAAAUAGCGAAACAGAUCAAGCAUCACAUUGAAGUGUCGAAGAGUGACUUACUCGGCAACUUACAAAAACUAGCAGCUCAAACUGAAUCAAAUGAUGACAUCUCGGACAUCACAAGUGCAGCUGCCCACCGCAAACUGCGACAAUAUGGAACUUUGAAUGAAAGUGACCUCACAAUCACAUUCAAUACCGAUGGCAGCCCUCUUUAUGAAUCGUCGAAAACAUCUAUCUGGCCAAUCCAGUUCACUAUUAACGAGCUCCCUCCACAGUCACGUUUCAAGAGUCCAAUUCUUGCUGGGUUGUGGUUUGGCAAGUCUCAUCCGAAAAUGAGUAUGUUUCUCAGCAAGUUUGUAGAUGAGGUCAACUCGAUGCAACCAGUUCAGUGGGUGUGUGGUGGUAUCACGUACACGUCGAAAGUGUAUGCACUCUGCUGCUGUGUGGAUGCCCCAGCCCGUGCAGCUGUUCAGAACUACGUUCUUUUCAACGGGUAUUUUGGUUGCCCAUGGUGUCUCACAAAGGGGACUUAUAGCCAAGGAAGUAUGAGGUACUUGUAUGAGGAUCAGGGACGAGAAAGGACACCAGGUGGUGUCAUUAGGGAUGCGAACCUUGCUGUUGAACUCAACACAGUCAUUAACGGCAUCAAGGGACCUUCACCUCUUCUUGGUUUGCAUGGGUUUGACCCAGUGUGGGGAUUCACAGUAGACUAUAUGCACUGUGUUCUCCAAGGAGUUGCCAGACAGUUCGCGGAACUCUGGUUUGGUUCUUGUCACUCAGAGGAACGAUUUUAUAUCGGCAGUCCUGUUGUUGUGAACAAGGUUAACCAGCGGCUUCUUCUUAUAAGGCCACCUCACUGCUUCACACGCCUCCCGAGGAUCAUCACAGAGCGAAACUUUUGGAAAGCGAGUGAAUGGCGCCUCUGGGUGCUAUUUUAUGCCUUGCCCUGCACCCUUGGUCUCCUACCAGAGAGGUAUUGGAGGCAUUUUUCCAAGCUCUCUGAGGCACUUCAUCUCCUCCUCUCGGAAAGGAUAACACCUCGAAUGAUGUGCAGAGCUGAGCAACUUCUCAUGCAGUUUGUAUCAAGCGCAGCUUCCCUGUAUGGAGACAACUGCAUGAAAUUUAAUAUGCAUCAACUCCUUCACCUCACUAAAGCAGCUCGGCAAAUGGGACCUUUGUGGGCGCAUUCUGCCUUUGUCUUCGAAGGUGGAAAUGGUUCACUCGUGAAACUCGUGAAGGCAUCAAAGGGAGUGCCUCAACAAAUAGUAGAAAGAGUCGUCCUCUCCCAGGAGCUACACCACUUUCUCGCAGUAUAUACACUACCUACUCGUAUUACAGCAUUUUGUAAGAGCAUGCUGGGGGAGAAGAGGCUGCAGAGUGUGGCUUAUGUUGGAAGUAUCUGUUUGUUGGGCAAGGCAAAAGCAACGACACUAACAAUGGCAGAAAAACAUGCAGUAACAAGUAUGUAUGGCGCUUGCCAAGAUGUUGUAAAUGAGUACACUAGGGCUGUUUAUAAGGACCAGGUCUACCACAGUGAGGCAUAUUCACGUGCUGUGAAGAGCAACUCUGCUGUUGUCAGGACAGCCACGGCACAGUACUACGUUAUUCGUCGAAUAAUUGUGGUGAGAGUGAACAGUGACCGCAAGUGCUUGCUGUUGUGCAAGGAAGUGUUGACGAUGGAUGGCAAUUUCCCACCUCACAUCAACGAGUGCUUUGUGGACCCUGUAUCGUUGCCCUGUGUUGUGGACGUGCUGGAUGUCAACAGUCCUAGUCUUUUUAUUAAUUUUGCCCCAGAAGAAAGGACGUUCAUUUGUGACCUUCCAAAUGUCAUUGAAAGGGACUAGUGACUUCAUUUGGUGUGACUGUAAUGCCAUUUCAUGUCGGUUAGUUGUAUACUUACACCGUUUUUUCUACGUUUACUUCCUUCAAAGAGUACAAUUUUUUUAUGUAACUAUAGCACGAAUAAUUUAACUCUGUGGUAUCAGUAUUUUCUGUAGUUCUGCAUUCCUGAAAACCUUUUAUAGUUAGUGACAAGUUAGGUCCUACAGUUCGAGGCUGCCCACACUGCAUCACUCCACGUACAAACAAAGUUACCACGAAACAAAUUUUCACAGAAUGAAGCAGUAAACCGAAUUAAAAGAGCUAAAAUCAGACACGAACA